CAAGUAACAUCAUCAAGUUCAGGGGUCCUAUCGGUUGGAUUGACGAGAUCAUACCUAACCCUACACUCAAAAGAUUAACUUCAGUGACUUUCAUAUUCUGGACCGUGAUCCGCAGUCCCUCACGACAACUUCAUACGUUGUGUUUGCGCAAUGGCAGAUUAUCAUUCCGAUAUUUCAUCCAGUUUCUUAUUGGUUAAGAGCUCUAUCCAAUAGGCACUCACACUUCCUUGUAAGCACGCGUUCGGCUAGCUUGCACCAUUCUCUCCGGCGACAAGUUCUCCCAUCUUCAAGCACUGCGCGAAAACGACCUCAACGACCGCUCGGACGACAGUCGCCUGCUGAAAACAACCCCUCCAAGGCCGCUCGCCGCUAAAGGCGACCUUCCAAGGCCACUAUGGACAAAGACGCUCCUCAGGGAGCAGUUCAUAUGCCAAAAGGUGGCCAAUCCGCCACGGGCAAGGUCACGAAGCCCAUCUCGAGCACCAUUCCCCUCUCCGGGUGGAGUGACAUCGACCUCUCAUCUCAUCGAAGGGUCAUCGAGAAUGUCUUUACGGUCGAUGCUCAGCCCUUCAACGACUUGGUCACCCAAGUCUGGGUGUUCAUCCAAUUACAUUACUCUACUGGUGGAAAGCACAUCCCCAUUGGUCUCUUUCGAUACUACUGCAUGACAAUGUGGUGGUACCGCGCUCUCUUCUUGCAAGAUACAAACGGUAACAACCUCACAACCGAGCAGAAGAAUUUCCUGAACUUCAUGGGUACUAGCGGUGAAUACCACAUUCCUAGCCACAUUGCUCAAUAUCUCUCCAAUAUGGGCAACUUUCAACAAGGCGGUGAGGCGUUCCGCUUCCGCCUGCAGCCUCACACGCUGCUCUCUCGAGACUCCGAUACUGUCGCAGCUGGUUGGUUCACAAACGAUACACAUGCGAACGAUCAAAGCAACUGGUGGAAAUACGCGCAACUCCCUUCUCCUGGCGUGUACACAGCAUACGCUUGUAAUGAAGCGGACAACGUAUCCGGGGGUAACAGCCAAAACACCCUCGACGGUAUCGCUCCGGACAUCCCUGGAGCCACCGCCGUUCCCACAGACAACAUCGUUGGUUGGUCGAAUAUGCACCAGAAGGCGUGCCACAGUUCUUGGCGCUCAACAUAUUUCAAUCUCGGUUGGUCCGGUACCGGUUUACCCCCGGAUCUUGAGACCCAAUUCAACCUCUCUACUUCUACUUUGAAGUGGAUGUCUGGCCGCCUGAGUGUGAUGAAAGACCUCAAGGUCCACUCCUCGAAACAUCUCACCCUCUCGCCACACGGCCAUCCUCUCCAGGCCUACUACCUGUGGCAAGAUGUCCCGCAUCACGCGACGGACUUGCGCCCUCCCGCCGCCCACGCCGUCGGUAAUGUUCUUCGUGCUACUCAUCAAUACGAGGUGGCCUUGGCAUCCCGGUUCUCCAUGGACCCGAAGAUUCUCGGCCCGGCCUUUUCGUUUGGCUACCGCCUCGAAAGACGUCGAAUAUUUCGUGACAUCCACAACGAACAACCACGCACAUGCAGUAACUCUUGCUUCCAACCUUGGCUCUUUGUCGACAGUGAUAACCAGUACACGACGGUCGAUGAAUCUUGGUUCAACGACAUGAACCUUCCGCUCAACUUUGGCUCCGGCACUUUUCUCAGUGUCGUUCGAUUUAGAACGAACUCCUUGCUGAGAUCUAAUGCGCUCAGUGCGGCCCUUGUCCCUAGCGACGUGAGAAAAUUGCCAGUGUCACAAGAUCCAAUUAGUUAGGUUUAUAUAGUAGUUACUUCAGUAUAUUACUAGGUAUUAAAGAAGAGAAGGAGCAUAAGGAGUAUUGUUGGAAUAACAAUGUCACAUGAUCGUACGACAAACCCGACACAGUCAUUACGACUCAGACACUGAAAUAAGAGGUCCACCAUAUUGGUUACUCAGACCUCGGGUACGAAGGGCAAAGACUUAUUAUACCAGACUGACUCGCUUGUACGAAGUACUUAAGGCUAGCACACUAGGCAACACUUAGUCUUAGGAAAGAUAGUCACGGAUAAUAGAUCUUUGGUUCACCCC